AUGAGGCAAAUGACAGAGGAGGAGACCAAGGUGGUCUUCGAGAAGCUUGCCAACUAUAUAGGAAGAAAUAUAACAUUCAUGGUGAAUAAUCCAGAUGAUCCUCAUGUGUUUAGACUUCAGAAGGAUAGAGUUUACUACGUUAAAGCUAAUGUGGCCAAGCUCGCCACUUCUAUUGCUAGAAAGCAUCUCAUUUCUUUAGGAAUAUGUUUGGGAAAAUUCACAAAGCACGGUAAAUUCAAAUUGCACAUAACAGCUCUCCCAUAUCUUGCAAAGUACGCAAAGUAUAAAGUGUGGAUUAAAGAAAAUGGCGAGAUGCCUUUCCUAUAUGGUAACCAUGUUCUCAAGGCCCAUGUUGGUAAGAUGAGUGAAGAUAUUCCAGAGCAUGCCGGUGUCAUUGUGUUUUCUAUGAAGGAUAUACCUUUGGGCUUCGGUGUUUCGUCUAAGUCUACGUUAGAAGCUAAAAAUUUAACACCUACAGGAAUAGUUGCACUUAGACAAGCCGAUAUAGGUGAAUACUUAAGAGAGGAGGACACUCUUUUCACUUGA